AUGAGGUGUCGUUCGAUAACCGCGAUUUACAGCGGCAGAAUUUCGUAAAGCUUUACGAAGUUAUUGACAGCAUUGGCCCGUGAAUCAGGAUUAUUAGUGACAACCGACGACGGGGAAAGAAUGUGAAGUGUCUGCGCUCACGUCGCCAGAUUCCAGCCGACGUUAAUCCGUUCGAUUUCCCCUCGUUUCAUUCUUUUUUGACGCCAACUGAAUGGUAUUGCAUUUUGCAUGUUAUUUAUUUAUUUAUUUAUUUUUUCAUUUUGAUAUAUCGCCCAAAUUUGAUUUUUUGUGUUACAUAGUUACGAUAAUUUUUUUUAUGGAACCGAUGAUUCCAAGGGAGGAUUAUGUUACUGUUUUGUCUGCAAUCGAAUAUUACGGUAUUGUUGUGAUCAAUUUUAUAUCUUUGGUAAUAUAAUAAAUAGGUAAAUGGAAGCUACGAUGCUAUCAAUGGUAUAAUUAGAUUCAGAGGGUUAAGAAGAGAUUAAAUUCGAAUUAAAAUUUAAAUUAAGCGUUACUUAACCUUUUAAAGUAAUGUUGGCUUAUAUAGUAACGAACGAAAGUAUUGAUACAGAACUAAUUUCCUACAAAACUGAAUAAAAAAGUACUGAACUUAAAGCUUUUGAGCUUAAAACGUAUUCGUUACCGUUGAGCAACUGAUGCGGUUAGAUUGAUUUCUAAAAGUCGAUACGGAAUAAUAAUGAUUGUGUUUGAAAUUAUCAAACUUCGCAGUGCUAUUUUUUAAUUUGACGAGCUCUGCAUCUUUCGAUUCGUUCAUUUUCGUAUUCCAAGAAGAUUUUUCGCAAAUUGAUAAGAAAAAACACCAAACGUCACGUAAGUAAUGUUAUGUGAAUACACAGUAGUCGUACAGCAGAUGUAGAAUAACUAGAAAAAUACAUUAUUACUACACUUUUUAACAGGUCAUUUAAAUUUAUAAUAUAUGUAAUUAUAAUUCAUGAUACUACAAAAAGGUAAGUGCUGCUUCUAAUUACUAAUUCAUUAUUAUUUUAUAUACUUUGGUCGAGUUCAAAUACUACGAGUAUAAAUCUGUCAAAGUUUCCACAUACAGCCAAAGUUUGGACAGCAGAGCAACGUAUACAUUAUUUUCCUUGGAAAAAUAUAUUUUCGUUAUCUUUCCAGCUUUAGUAAAUCCAUUACUGAAGACAUUAAAACCCAAGUCAUAAUACAACGCUAUAUGCAUAACUGUAUACAAAUCUUUCGAUACAUCUACCUCUUCGCUAAUUCAACAUCAUUAUACAAAAUCUUCCAUAUGCAAGGUGACCAAUUCUUUCUUAAUCAUCAUAUUUUCCUUACUCAUCAAACUCCAUAUAUGAACUCGAUCGAAUAUUCACAGUUCGCGGUAUACAGAUAAAGAGAAGAUUUCCUUAUCAGUCGAUCGUAGUGAUAACCGGAGAAUUAACGAAACUAGAAAGGAGGAAAAAGACUGAGGCCAAGAUCGAGUACUAUGAGGGAAUGCCCCGUGUUGAUCGUCGGAGGUGGGAGUGAUCGCGGCCUCCGGCACAUCGGAAAACUACGUGAUGGAUCAGUCUGUGUUCGACGCACCCGUGACAUUCAUCGAGCCGUGUCGAUCUCUCGAUCGUCACUAGAAGGAAUCACACGAUAGGGAAAUCGACAUCGACGGACCCUGCUACGUGUUAGCUAUGUCGUGGAACCGGAUACUGCCACAGCUGAUACUGGUGCUGCACGGAUUCCUGGUCGUCCUUGUUGCUGGAAAAUCCAUUCCACAAGUGAUUGACAAGGACGUGGGCAGAUACGAAUCCUCGGAGGGCAAUGAUCAUCAUGCUGUUAGGGUUCCGUUCAAGCUGGAAGAGACUUAUGAUCAAAGCUUUCGGGCGAACAGCUUCAAUGCUACUUGGGAAACAGACACGGAAAUCCUUUAUUCCGAUAAUUACAUCGGUAACAUUCGCGUAUUCGACGUGACCAAGGGAAUCACUUGGGUCCUUUUGGAUUCUUCCGUGAUGGCCGAUUACGAGAAGCCUUCCAUAAGCUUUUCCUUCGACAAUUCUUUCGUUGCGAUUGGCCAUGACUAUGUAAACGGUUUCCGGUAUUCACUGUAUCAAAGGUGCGACGUAUACAACACUAAAACCAGAACAUACACGAGAAUUGCGAAUGGUGAUCGCAUACCUCUGUUCAAGUGGUCACCCACGAGGAACGCUUUGAUUUAUGUUCACGAGAACGAUAUCUAUUACGAAGAGUUCUCCGAGGGGGGCAGUCAUAUUCGAAGAAUAACGAACACGGGUGUGCUCGACACCGUUUAUAACGGAGUACCUGAUUGGGUUUACGAAGAGGAAGUAUUAGCUUCUGCUUCGGCUCUCUGGCUUUCUCCCGAUGGACGACACCUUGCUUUUGCUACUUUCAACGAUACGAACGUGAAAGAUAUCGAAAUACCAAGGUAUGGAUCUCCAGGGAACAUGAAGGAUCAAUACCCGAAGGAAAUAAAAAUCAAAUAUCCAAAGGCAGGCAGUCCAAACCCAGUCGUAUCAAUGAGCGUCGUUGAUUUGGAUAAUUGGUCCUCUGAAAUACUUAAUCUUGAGCCGCCCACUGAUAUUGUUGGCACAGACUGCGUUCUCUACACCGUGAACUGGAGGACCAAUCACCAAGUUACUGUCACGUGGACGAACCGCGUGCAGAACAAAGCUCAGAUAGUUCUCUACGACUUAAGGGGUAACAACAGUAAUAUUUACUACGAGGAGGAAAACGAAGGCUGGCUUCGCAUUCUACCUCUCGUCUUUCACGAUGAAUAUGUUAUCAUUGUGAAGCUUCAAGAUUCUGGAACGCCGGCUGGGCGGUUCCAACAUGCGACUAGGUUCGAGUACAAGGAUGGGAAGCUGGUUGGCGAAAGGGAUUUGACGCCAGGAGCUAAGGAAGUUAUCUCCAUUCUAGCGGUGGAUCACGCCAGGAAGAGACUUUAUUAUUUGGGCAAUGAGCUCGAUGAACCUUCGCAUAGAAAUGUGUACUCGGUGCAGUUGGAUGGCAAUGGAGCACCUGUUUGUUUGUCCUGUAACGUCUUUUCUCCUGAGGGAAAUCGCUGUACUUAUGCCUACGCGUACUUUUCUACCGAUAGCUCGAACUAUGCCCUAUCUUGUUCUGGUCCAGAUCCAUUGUUCAUCACGAUUAUGAACGCCAAUCAUAAACGUAUUUAUAAUUGGGAGGAAAAUCGAUCACUGAGACAAAAAUUGGCAACCCGCACGCAGCCUAUCUUUAAAAAUUUCUAUGUCACCGCUAAUGGAUACAAGAAUAAAGUUAAACUUUCUCUGCCGCCUGAUUUUGACGAGAAGAAAUCGUACCCUUUAUUAAUCAAUGUUUACGCAGGUCCGAACACUGUUAGGGUCACCAAUGAAGCAUCGUUUGGUUUCGAAUCGUACAUAGUGACCAACAGGAGCGUAAUUUAUGGUCGCAUCGAUGGUCGUGGGUCAGCUUAUAAGGGUAGCAAGAUGUUGUUUGAAAUUUAUCGACGACUUGGCACCGUGGAAAUCGAGGAUCAAAUUGCUGUUACUAGAAUACUGCAAGAGACGUAUUCGUGGAUCGAUUCAAACAGAACCGCGAUAUGGGGUUGGAGUUAUGGCGGCUUCUCUACUGCCAUGGUGCUGGCUACUGACAAGGCCUCGGUGUUCAAAUGCGGUAUAUCAGUCGCACCUGUGACCUCCUGGAUUUAUUACGAUUCCUUGUACACGGAAAGGUUCAUGGGGUUACCUACUCCAGCGGAUAAUCUAUACGGUUACAACCACACGGAUGUGGCCAGAAGGGUAGAAGGAAUUCGUGGCAAAAAAUACAUGCUGAUACACGGUACCGGCGACGACAAUGUGCACUACCAACAAUCUAUGGCUCUGAACAAAGCUCUGGUGGAUAAGGACAUCAUGUUCGAGCAGCAGAGCUACACGGACGAAACACAUGCUCUAUCUGGCGUUUUCCCUCACCUUUACCACACGAUGGACCGAUUUUGGGCAAAUUGUCUGGGAUACUCGCAUACUCACUGACCCAAAUCCAAAAUUCUAAAUCACACGUACAGAGUAUAGUUAGUCCAGCUACUUGUUUGAUUUUCAUCAACGAUACAUCGUGGUCUGCUGUUGUUUUAAUGGCGUGGAUCGAAUUUUGUGAAUAUUCUUUAAGCUAUUUACAAGUUCUGUUGUUCGUUAACGCAUUCGCUGUUACUGGCGUAUAUAAUACGUCGAUGUGAUUAUUUACGUAAUACUAUUUACACAACUUUUACUUCUUGAUAAAAUGGCUUCGAAAGUUGAAAGAAGCAGUGCAGAGAGCGUUGGAAUAAUUGUUAUCCCUUAAAGUAAAGAAAGUUAAGUGAAAAGGAUGUAAAGUUCCAAAGAUGGCAGCGAAUGUGUUAAGUUACAGUGAUCUCGUGAAUUGUUUCGUGGGGAAUGAUCGACGAAGAUCCAGAUCGUGAAAAUUUGUUCGAGUUCAAAGGUUAACAGACAAGUGUCAUUCUUCAAUGUAAUUUGAAAGCAAAUAAGGGAAAUUUGUGGCUGGAGAAAAUGAAAAUUUUCGUUAUCUUCGAAGACUAUACAAGUGUCAGGAUUAUUCUUUAACACAAUUCCGAAGAAAAAGAAGAAACUCUGACAAGAAAAUGAGAAUUUUCAACGCGUUCUAAGAGUGCCAUACUAAUGUCAGGAUUAUUCCUUAAUAUAAUUCGAAAGGGAAAUUUGGUUGAAGAAGAGAGGCGUGAAUGAAAAGAGGUGUUGGGGUCGGUUUCAGAGAUUCGUAGACGUGUUCACACGCGUGUUCUCCCUUGGCACAGACGCGAUGCAAAUACUUCAAAGGCAACGACGUCGUGGGUGAAUCGAUACUUAAGGAUGCUCGAUACGUUUCCGUGAUAGUCAAGUAAGUGGAAAAUGGAUCGCGAGGAAGAUGGAAUGAGUGAAUUUCUCGUUUUGAUCUUUUUUUCUUUUGUUUCUUAUCGUAAGAUCUUAUUCGUACACCGAAAUUCGACUGUGGCUUCGAAGGGAGCAGCUGCGUUCGAUUUAUCAUUGGAUAAUCAUCCUCUGAGAGAAAGUUGUAUAAACUUGUUAAAACAAUUGUUAAUAAACCACCGAUAUUUUCUUCAAAACAA